ACAUGGCAUCGACACUCUAACGAGCGCACGCGGCAUUACCGGCGGGACGGGCCCCCGUCAAAAUGGAGACUGCGACCAGCGAGGCUGGCGAGGUUGCGUCACUGGUCUUCACAAGCUGGAAGGAGGUGAAGCAUAAGGCGGAACCACACAACUACAUCGAGUUCUUCCUGGUCACGGAGACGGCCAACGAGGUGCUGGCCGUCUCCGCCGAGGACCAUGGCAACUCCCACUACCACUACCAGUCGGUGGCCAGCUUCAGCAAGUACGGCCCCUUCAGCAGCAAGAACCGUGCCGACACCAUGAGCUGGCUGGAAAUGGUGAUCAAGGAGUCACAGCAGGCCGCUGCAGGGCAGGGCGGCGGCGGCGCGGCAGCGGCGGGGGCGGCGCUGGAGGCGGGGGCGGGCGGUAGCGAGGCCGGAGCGGGCAGCGGCGGCGCGGGUGGUCAGGAGCCGGUGUUUGUACAGCACAAGGUGGAGAAGAUGGCGCACCCGGCGGGCGGGCACACGCAGCGCUUCUGGCUGCUCGAGGCUGGGGGCGGCUGGCGGCUGGCGGUGGUGGGGGAGGAGCGCGAGACGCGGGACGGCCACUACGUGUACACAGCGACGGAGGAGUUUGCGGCUCGCGGCCACCCGCUGCACUGCCACGCCGCAAAAGACGUCAUCCACUGGCUGGAGCAGCGCAUCACGCACCCGCCGCAUGGGCACACACACACCGCAGUAGCAGCGGCGAGCCACGCCCCGGCGGUGACAGGAGCAACACAUGCCCACCCGGCGCAGCAACAGCAGCAGCAGCAGCGGCAGGUGACGACGCAAGCCGGGAGCAGCAGCAACGGCAACUGCUUUACUGCGGUUGCAACGGAAGCGGCACUGGACGGGGCCGCGGCGGGUGCGGCAGCGGCGGCGGCGUCUGGCGAUGCCGGCGGCGGCGCUGCGGCGACCCAUGGGCUGGGGGAGGCGGCCGGCGUUCCUGACACAUCGGCGGCGGCGGCAGCAGUGGCGGCGGCGGCAGGCUUUGUGGCUCCGGCCGCCGGUGCGGACGUGACGGCGGGCGCUGGCGACUUGGCGGCUGCGCAGCAGCAACAAAUGCAGAUGCAGUUGCAGAUGCAGCAAUAUCAACAGCAAUUACAGCAGCUGCAGCAACUGCAGCAAUUGCAGCAAUUGCCGCAACAGCAGCUGCAACAGCAGGCACCGAAUGCAGCAGCUCCCGGAGCAGGGGCAGGGGCAGGGGAGGCACCGCCACCGGGUGCGCCGCAGCCGCAGCUACUCCCAGCAGCCCCCGGGGCAACCUCGCUGCCGCCGCCGGGCUCCCUCCCGGUCCCCUACCCGCACCUGCUACAGCAGCAGCAGCAGUUACAGCAGCAGCAGCAGCAGCUGCAGCUACAGAUAGCUGCGGGCGCCGCCGCCACCCCUGGCGCCGCCACUGGCCAGCCGCUGCCACCCGUGCCGCCCAUGCCGCAACCACCUCCCGCAGGCGUGCUGCCUCCCGCCGCCGCCGCCGCUGUGGCCGCUGCCGCAGCCGGUGCGGGCGCUGCCGUACCUGCUGGGCUACCCGGUGCCGUACCGGGGGGUGCGGUGGCUGCGCCGGGGGGUGCCAGCCUGCCGGUGGCGGCUGCGGCCCAGGCGCACACGGCGGCGUUCAUGCAGUCCUUCCAGCAGCACUACAGCGCCUUCCUGCAGGUGAGCCUGCAGCAGGUGGCAGUGCAGGCGGCAGCCGCGCAGGCGCAGGCGGCACAGGCGCAGCCCCAGCCCUCGGCCCCGCCUCCGCCGCAGGCGGGGGCAGUGGCAGGAGCAGUAUCGGGGCCCGUGGCAGUAGGGGCGGGGGCCCUGGCGCGCCCCGCCUUGCCGCCGACCGCUGGUGGUUUUCCUCCCGGGGCCACAACGCUUCCGCCCACGCCGCCGCUGCCGCCAAUGCUGCAGCCGCAACAACUGCUUCAGUUGCAAAUGCAGCAGCAACAACUUCAGCUGCUGCAAAUGCAGGCUCAACAGGCGCAGCAGGCUCAACAGGCGCAGCAGCCGCAGGCGCCGUCGCCCAGUCCGGCUGCGGUCCCUGGCAGCGCCCCGGUGUCGGCGCCAGUGACCAUUCCGGCGCCGCCGCAGCAGCAGACACCCGCAGGCGCUUCUACCCCGCCAGCGGCAACCGCACCAACGGCAGCCAUGCCGGCUGGGUGGCCGCAGCAGCAGCAGCAGCAGCAGGCGGCAGGGGGCCUGCCGCACGGGCACCCUGGGGCUGACGCGGCGGGGGUGGCGGCGGCUCUGGCACACGCGGUCACCACCACUGCGCCCUCCGCCCCCACCUCCUCCACGGCGGGUGCGGGCAGCCAACAGCGCCACCCGCAUUUGCAGACGCCCGUGGUGGCGGCGGCUGCGGCUCCUGCGGGUGCGGCUCCGGGUGGGAUGGCGGGUCAGGGCCCCAUGGCUGCAGCCGCGCCUCAGCCCCAGCCUGUGCCCCAACAGCCCCAGCUACAGCCCCCACAGCACCAGCACGGGCCCACUGACACGCCGGGCCACGCCGCCGGCGCUGGCGCGGGUGCCGCCACCACCCAUCCUGCCGCUACCGCGUCUGGUGCCGCUGCUACUGCCGGCGAGAGUGGCGGUGCAAUGCCCGCGGCGGCGCCGGCGCCACCGCCUGCCGCCAACCCCUUCGGUGGUGCUCCUCCGGGGCCUGGCAUUCCUGGCGCUACAGCCCUGCAGCAGUCUGACCCCAUGUUCGGCACACCCGCGCCCGGGCCCGCGCCUGUGCUGGAGCGGCCGAGCGAGGGCGGGGCCGAGGGAGGCGGAGGCGGGUACGGAGGAGGUGGUGGCGCGCUGGCAAUGGCACUGCCGGCGGAGCUGCAGCAGGUGCAGCAGCCGCUGGCGGCGGUGGCGGGCGGCGGCCAGCAGCAGCAGCAGCAGCAGCAGCAGCAGGGCGGCUACAGCCAUACGCACCACCACCACGGCGGUCGCGGGGGAGGAGCUGGGGGAGGAGCUGGGGGAGGAGGAGGUGUCGGAGGUCGCGGGCAGAGCGGCAAACACAAGCUGGCGGGCAUUGCCGAGGCCGCGCACCGGCGCAAGCUGGCGCGGCGGGCGGCGGCGGGCGAGGAGGCGGUGCGCGCGGCGGCGGCGGCACACGUGGCGGGGCUCAGGGCGGCGGCGGCGGCGGAGGCGGCGGCGCUGGAGGGGCUGCGGCGGGGGCUGGCGGUCUGGGUGCGCGGGCAGGUGUCGGAGGAGGAGCAGGGUGCUCGGGACUCGUACGACACCCUCACAGCCCAGGCGGCACAGGGCCAGCAGGCGGCGGCGGCAGCAGCCGCAGCCCCCCAGGGGGCGCAGCAGCCCUCACCAUACCUGUCGUGUGACCAGCUGCGCGACCUUACGCGGCCCGCGGCGGAGGCGGCCGCCUACGCCGCCUCGCUGGCCGUCACAGGGCCCGGCACCGGCCUCGGCGGCGGCGGCAUGCCUGGCGGCGGCGGCGCCGCUGCCGGCGGGCUGACGGCAGCGGCGGCCUCCUGCUUCUUCACGCCUUUGAACCUGUACGUAGACCCGGUUACGAAUGCGCUGGGCCCGGGCAGCUUCGCGCCGCCGCUGCCGCCGCCGCCCACGCCGCCGGCGCUGCUGGUGUCGCUUGGCGGCGCCGCCGCCGCGGCCGCCGCCGCCGCCGGUGGUCUCACGCCGGGGGUGGUGGGGCGCGUGCCCACGCCGUCGCCGCUGGCGGCACCGGAGGGAGUGGCGGCGGUCACCGCUGCAGCGGCGGCAGCGGCGGCGGCGGCAGCCGCCGCAGCUGGUGCGGCUGGCGGCGGCUCGGGUGCAGUUGCAAUGGACGUGGAUGUGUAUGGUCGCCUGGAUUUCCAGAUGGGUGCGCCCACUGCCAAUGGUGUGGGCCAGGAGCACCAGCAGCAGAAGCACCAAGACGGGGCGACACAGGGCGCCGCGCCAGCGACGGGCGACACGGGAGCCGCAGCAGCACCAGCACCAGCAGCAGCUAAUUCCACGGCUGCGCCAGUGGCGGCGGCGGCAUCGGCAGAGGCGCAGGCCGCCAACGGGGAUUUGGAGAUGGCGGACGCAGGUGCUGGCGCGACGUCGGCAGCCAACCACCACAACACGGCAUCACCAGCACCAGCGGCCAACGGCGGCACGUGUGCCCCUGUCUGCUACCCCCUGCCCCCGCCGGCCUACCCCACCGUGCCGCUCACACCCGCGCGACUGCUCGCCGCCGCCGCCCCCGUCACCAGCUGGACCUUCACGCCCAAGCCAGCCGCCGCCAACGGCACCGCGGGUGGCGGCGGCGCCGGCACCAGCAGCAGGGCCGCAGCCGCGGCGGCAGCCGCAGCCGCGGCGGCAUCUGCCGCGGCGGCGGCUGAGUCGGACUGCGGCUUCCUGAACUUGCACGGGGCGCGGGUGGCGCUGGAGGCGCUGAGGGAGCUGGGGGCGCUGUUCCCGCCCGCGGCGGCACUGGCGCGGAGCAAGCUGGUGGCGGUGGUGCGGCGCUACACGGCCCACCCGCACCCGGCCGUGGCCGCCGCCGCCUCCGAGCUGCUGGCCCGCUGGCGGCGCACGCUGCGGCGGCGGCUGGCGGCGCUGACCGACCCGCGGGCCUUCGCCGACCCCGUGUCCGACCUGGAGCGCAGGCUGGCCGCCGCCACCGCAGCCGCCGGCGGGGACCUGGAGGCGGCGCUGGCGUUACUGCCGGACUGGGGAGGACCAGGGCUGGGCGGGGGCGGAGGAGGUGGGGGUGGCGGAGGUGGAGGUGGAGGGGGCGGAGGUGGAGAAGGAUCCGGGUUUGGAGGGGCGGGUGGAUGUGGAAUGGGUGGGAGUGAGAUGGGGUAUGCGGGCGGCAUGCAGCCGCCGAUGCUGAUGCUGCAGUCGCCAUCGUACGGCGGUGGUGGUACGGUGUCGCCCGCGCCGUACGGAAUGCUGGACACGCCCGCCGGUCUGGCAGGUGGCGGUUUCAUGUCGCCGCCGUACGGAGGAGGAGGAGGCGGUGGUGGCGGCGGCGGCGGCGGCGUCGGCGCACACUCUGCAAUGGCAGCGCCGGCUUGGGCUGGGGUGGCGCCGGGGCCGCCAGGUGCGGCAGCGGCGGCAGUAGGGCAGCAGCAGCAGCAGCAGCAGCACGCCCCCGAUGCCGCUGCCCGCACCGCCGACGGGACCGCUGCACCGCCCGCGCCGCCGCCGCCGCUGCCCCCACCCGGUUCGCAGCCGGAGGCUGCCGCGGAGUUGGCAAGAGCAACACCCGCACCUUUGCCCUCAACCGCUCCUACACAACCCGUGCCUCAGCUUACGCAGCCGCAUCCCUCGCAGCCGCACCAGCCCCAGCAACCGCAGCAGGCGCCGGGUGCGGCGGCGGCGCAGGCGGUGUUUGCGCAGGCGGCUCAGCUGCUGGCUGACGUGGGGCCCUACCUGUCCGCCGCGGUGCAGCCCGGCGGCGCCGGCAGCUCCGUGCUGCCCUACUCCUCGGAGCAGCUGCAGCAGUUCACCGCCCUAGCCACCAACCUUGCAGCGUACCUAAACGCAUCAAACAACGCAAAGGCGGCGGCCGUGGCGGCAGCCGCCGCGGCCACGGCAGCGGCGGCUGGCGCCGGCGGCGGCGAGGGCGUUUCCGGUGCUGGCGGGGGCUCCGCCGCCGCGGCUUCGGCAGCUGCUGCCGCCGCCAGCCAGAACGCGGCGGUGGCGGCGCUGGCGUUACAGGGCAUGGCGCAGCUGCUGGCGUCGCUGCAGGCGCAGGGGCUGACCACGGUGCCGCCGCUGCAGCAGCAGCAGCAGCACCAACAGCACCAACAUCAGCAUCCCCCCGCACCAACAAGUGCCGGCACAGGGCCAGGACAAGGGGCGGGGCACGGGGCGCCGUCUGCGGCCGCUGCGGCGGCGGCUGCAGCGGUUGCGGCCGCCAACGCCGCCGCCGCGGACGGCACGAUUGCUGCUUCGGCCGUUGCCACCAACGUCGGCAGUGCACAGGCGGGGAUGGUGGGCGCGCCUCCGUAAAGCGUGUCGGGACAGGGGAGGUGGGACGCGCGCCCGGAGUGCACGGUCGGGUGUUGGCCCGCUAGCGUGUGUCGUGUGUGUGGCAAGGGUGUGGUGGGUCCGCAGGCCGACAGACGCACAGUAGAAACCGAGGGACGGACGACAACACUACGUUGCGCUCUUGAGGUGCACGGCGCGGUGCGAUAGGAGUGGUGGUACGGUAGGAUGCGUAGGGGCGACGGCGAGGAGGAGGAAGGCUGCAGCUACCUAGGCAUGUGUAUGCUGAGGGUAGCUGGGGCCGCGGCGCAUUACCGUACGCACACACGCAGUACGAUCGUGUGUGGCAGCAUGCGUGCGUGGACAGGCGGCUGGGCCUAGACCUUGAGUGCCAACUGGCCGAUGAGACCAAUAUUGCAGUAUACCCGGUGAUGCAUCCAGCAUUUGCCAAUGUUACAAGUAUGACGCU